AUGGUGUCAUUUUUGAAGUUAGUAUCUAUUCUUAUCAAAUGCCGGGCUAAGACAAUUCUGGCUUUGUCUCAGAAUAGCUUUCGUCAGAUAUUGCGUAGCUUAACGCCUGUUCCAGACGGACGGACAUCGAACUUAAGUGAUACAAGAAUUAUUUAUGUUAAUCGUUCCGUUCAGCAACAGAUUUCAUUUCGCUUUGAGAAUAUAACAUCACUAUUGGAUCACCCUGACUUUGACCUUCAGAAACCGACAGUGUUUUAUAUUCACGGUUACGUCGAAAUUGCCAGCGAUGCGAGCGUUUUGCACGUGAUGGACGCUUAUGUCAAACGCGGUGAUCACAAUAUAUUGGUGCUGGACUGGGCGAACCUUGCGUUCGGAAACUAUUUGAAAGUUGUGUUAAAUGUUAAAAAGGUAGGAAAAGAGUCAGGAAAAGCUUUAGGCAAGUUGCUGAAUAACGGCUUGUCUAUCGAUGGCUUACAUGUGGUCGGGCAUUCAGCUGGCGCCCAUGUAGCGGCGGUUGUCGCGAGAGUUUUGAAAGAAAAGGGAUUGACACUUCUUAGGUUGACUGGUCUAGAUCCUGCAUAUCCCGGUUUCUAUCCAGCGAUCGAUACACAUCCUAUCUCUUCCAAAGACGCAGUGUUCGUGGACAUCAUUCACACAGACGGUGGCAAGUAUGGGACUCCGUUUAGCACAGGACACGCAGACUUCUGGCCGAACGACGGCAAAUCCCCGCAACCAGGCUGUCCGACAGUCACUCUUAUUUUAACUAAGGAAAAUUUCUGCAGUCACUGGCGUUCAUGGCAAUACUGGGCGGAAUCAGUAGUCGGUGGCAACUUUGUCGCUAGAAAUUGUGCUAAUUACAAUGCCUUUCAAAAAGGGAACUGUAGUGGAACAGCUCGCAUGGGUCUUCAAGCUACACCGGAAUUACGUGGCGAUUUCUACUUGCGCACAGCAUCAAAAGAGCCCUUCGCUUUAGACGAUACAGGAGUUGCAUGAUAAAAAUCAAUCAAUAGAAUUAUAGGUAUUGCAUCAUUAAAUAAACGCUAAAAGACAAAAAAUAUGAUAAUCGUUACAAUGUUUAUGAAGAAGAUUAUGAAUGGCCCAUUAUCAAUUCUAGCCAUAAUUAUUUUUAAGAACUUUUAAAAUAAUGAAGGUAUAUUCUUAAAAUAAUCCGUUCAAUAAACCCUAUAGCGUAUGAUUCGGACAAGGCAUGGAUGGCAACCAGCCUUUGCAACAGAUAAUGUAGGUAUAAAUAAUUUCCUCAUCACGAACGGCGCCAUUUUUUAAUAUGCUCUAUACGAGAAAUAUUUGCUAUCUUAACUUAUCAAUAGAUAUACAUUUUUCCUUAAGACGUAAUCGUUUAAUAUCAUUUUAACUCAAAAGUGUAGCCAAAGUCGAAUAAUAUAAUAAAGAAGAGAAAAUAUCAAUAAAAAAGCUGAUACCAUUGAAGUAUCUAAUGCGUAUGCGUCUUAUGUAAUGUGUGGGUCAUGUCUUUGCUUGUAAUUCCAGUGACUCGGUCGUAAUUCCAAAAAGAACAUAGCAAUACAAAAUGUAUGUGAUAGAAUAAAUAAUUAACCCACCCAGCUGACCUACAUAAAAGCCUG